GUCAUAUGACUUCCAUUAUGACAAGUGUGUGAGCUGAGUAGACGCAAGCAUUAAGGCAGAGGAGACGUUUAGAAAACAUCCACACUACAAUCAUAUUUAGAUUUGAAAAAUCAACUAAAGCCAUAAGAGGCUUGGUGGUGUAAAAUGGCUCGCAUCCGACGCUACUCGGAGGCCAUGACGCUGCCCGACUCUUUUAUCCAGCACCAGCAGCUGGACGCCAGCAUGGCCGACACCUUCCUGGAGCACCUGUGUCUUCUGGACAUCGACCAGGAGCCCAUCACGGCGCGCAACACCAGCAUCGUCUGCACCAUCGGUCCUGCUUCCCGAUCCAUUCCCAAACUCCAGGAGAUGGUGAAAGCCGGGAUGAACAUCGCACGGUUGAAUUUCUCUCAUGGUUCACACGAGUACCACGGCGAAACCAUCAAGAACGUCCGCGAGGCCGUGGAGACGAUCACGUCUGACCCAUUGUACUAUCGUCCCGUGGCCAUCGCUUUGGAUACCAAAGGACCAGAGAUCCGCACUGGAUUAGUGAACGGGAAAGUGGAGGAGGAGGUGAAGCUGGAAAAGGGCAGCCAUGUCCGUGUGGUGACGGCACAGAGUGACAAGGAUGCCACAGAUGGGAAGACCAUCUGGGUGGACUAUCCCAGCCUACCGCAGGUCCUGAAGAGGGGUGGCAAAAUCUACAUCGAUGACGGCCUCAUUGGACUUAAAGUUGUGGAAACGGGUCCAGACUGGGUGGACACGGUGGUGGAGGCCAACGGCGUGCUCUGCAGCCGCAAAGGCGUCAACUUGCCCGACUGCGACCUGAUCGGCAUGAAGGCGGUCAGCGAGCAGGACGAGGCCGACUUGAGGUUCGGCGUGGCGCAGGGCGUGGACAUAGUGUUCGCCAGCUUCAUCCGUUCGGCGCAGGAUGUCCGGGACGUGAGGCGAGCCUUGGGGCUGCAGGGGAGGGAUAUCAAGGUGAUCAGCAAGGUGGAGAGUCGCCAAGGAGUCCAGAACAUUGAGGAGAUCUUGGCGGAAAGCGACGGCGUCAUGGUCGCCAGGGGUGACCUGGGCAUCGAGAUCCCCGCCGAGAAAGUCUUCAUCGCCCAGAAGAUGAUGAUUGGCCGCUGCAACUCGGCUGGCAAGCCUGUCAUCUGUGCCACGCAGAUGCUGGAGAGCAUGGUGUCCCACCCGCGGCCCACCCGAGCAGAGAGCAGUGACGUUGCCAACGCCGUGCUGGACGGAGCCGACUGCGUUAUGUUAUCUGGAGAGACCGCCAAGGGCCUGUUUCCCGUGAAGGCAGUCGCCAUGAUGCACUCGAUCUGCAGAGAGGCAGAGGCGGCCAUUUUCCACCAACAGCUAUUUGAGGAGUUGCGCCGCCUGACUCCUCUGUCCUCCGACCCCACAGAGGUCACGGCCAUCGGGGCCGUGGAGUCCUCCUUUAAGUGCUGCGCUGGUGCCAUCAUAGUCCUCACCACUAGUGGCAGGUCGGCACACCUCCUGUCCAGGUACCGGCCCCGUUGUCCAAUCAUUGCAGUCACCAGGAGCCCACAGGUGGCACGCCAGUCACAGCUGCUCCGAGGAGUCUUUCCUGUCAUCUUCCACCCUCUGCCUGCGCCCGUCUGGGCGGACGAUGUCGACAACCGGGUGAACUUUGGCAUGGACAUAGGGAAGGCGAGAGGAUUCUUCAAAGAGGGGGACAUGGUAAUUGUGGUGACCGGCUGGAUCCCGGGCUCUGGUCACACCAACAUCAUGAGGGCCGUCAACGUCACAUAACCAUCAACAGCUCACCUAAAUACUUACUGUCUUCAGUGAGCACCUGUUUAACAUCACUCUCUGAACACGAUUACAUUUCACACCAGUGUCACGUGUUAAGGUUGGUAACAUAUUGCCACUCAUACAUAUGUAACAUCUAUGUUUUAAUAGCAAUGACUCCCUAUCAAACAAAUAAAACUUGAAACAGUCAUAAGGUAA